CCCAUUCUGAUUUGGAUAGAAGCCACCCGAAAGUGCAUUGUACCCUCCAGUCGCUGGAAAAAAUCAGAGAGAAAUUUGUGAGGCGAACUUCCUAUUCGCGCUUAGCUACCGGAAGAUCAAGAGGAAGCCGGAAGAUUCCUGAGAGGCAAGUAAUGUUAUUCAUGUACUGUGAGUGGCAGGAAAUGUUACUUGCAAUGCUAGUCGUGGGUAUUUCAGAGACUUCUGCAAAAAAAAAUACCAGACAUCUCAUAUGAAGAUGACGUGAAAGAUAUUCCUUAUCCUUUUAAUGUGAGCAACAAUUUAGUUUCUGAGGAUGACACUUCUGUCUUGAAUGGAAAUAGAGAACCUCUUUCUUUUGACAGCAUGGUAGAUGCUGAGUUUGAAAGAAGAUUAAAGAUAAUCAUACCUCUUUUAGGUUCUUAUGUUCCAUUGGUGUGGAAGGAGAAUCUAAAGCUACUUUCAAUCAAAGUUAAUUGGAACGAUCUGAAGGUAUAUGAUUCCCAUAUAUUUCUUGAAGUAGCUUGGUGCUACUCCUAGGAUUGCAUAUUUUGAGAGGUCUUCAUAUGCCCUACAUAAAGUUCGCUUCAGUCAUAUUUUCGAAAGUAAACUCUUCCUAUCAAGUGUGUAUUGUUUGUUUUUCGCUAUCAAAAUUUUUAAUGAUAUGCUAAGCAAACACAAACAUGUUUUCAUGGAAUAAGACUGUUUCCAAUACAAAGGGGAACAAGUAGAAGAACUACAUUUUGUUUUGUAGACUUAAACAAAGUACAUAUUAAUUU